ACUUCCGCCCGCUUUCCGAUAAGAUUCGGGCACAGCGCCACAACUGCCAUUUCCGCUGGCUGUCCACGCAAGUCGACUUGAGCAGCCGCACAUUUCCUCAGCGGCACUAGGAUCGACCAGUCAUUCUGUAGAGCACAGCGCAGAAACAAGGAACAAUGAACGACCAAAGAACUUUGCUGCGGGCGGUGUAUUUCCUGACGUUUGCUGGACUCACCAUACCCCAUGUUGCCUCAGAUUGUCCACAACCUGGGAAGAUCCGUCACGGAACCAUACACCACCUAACAGGAGAAGGUCCACUUCUCGAGACACUCCCAGAACUGUACAGUAUAUUCUACACAUGCCGCGAUGGGUACCGACUAAGAGGGCCCGAGUUUCGAACAUGCCAGGCAGAUGGAACAUGGACAGGUGGCCAGCCCCAGUGUGUCGCGCGAGGGUGCCCCAAACCAGAAUCACCGCACCAUGGCUUUGUAGGGAAAGUAUUUGGGCGCAGGAGCCGAAAAUUCCCGGUGGGCUCCAGGAUAAGGUAUUCGUGUAAACCGGGCUUCCAACUGGUGGGAACCAGUGAACGGGAGUGUCUUGAUAGCUACCAGUGGGACGGGGAAACACCGAAGUGUCAACGCGUGGUCCAUUGUCCUGAUCCUGGUGCUCCUGACCAUGGUGGUAGAAUCGGCAAUGAUUUUCAUGUUGGUGCCUCAGUUGACUUUUAUUGCCAAGUGGGCUAUAUCCUGGAGGGGCCUGCAGUUCGAGAUUGUCAGGAUGACCAGACAUGGGGUGGUGAAGUUACAACUUGUAGAGCAAAUAUAUUCUGUGAUGACCCAGGAUGGAUCGACAAUGGGAACAGAACAGACUCCGUGUUGCCAGCGUUUCAUGUGGGUGAUUACGUCACCUACAUUUGUCAUGAUGGUUUUGGACUGACAGGAUCUGCCAACAUCACGUGCCUACAGAACGGCAGCUGGUCAGAUGUUCCUCCGUCCUGCCAGGAGGUGUUGUGUGAGGUACCAGAAGCGCCUCUCGAUGGUGAAGUCCACAUUCUUCAGACCCAGAAGGACCUGCGCAAUACCAGAGCUAAUCAAACUGACACUGCUGGGAACAGUAGUGUUCCGUUAGCUACUGUGAACAUUACUACAACAGAAGAGCCAUUGUUUGAGAACUUCAGCACACCUGACACCAACGUGACAUCAGCAGAGAGGAUCCUCUUCCGAGUUGGUUCGACUGUCAAGUACAGUUGUGCCUAUGGGUUCGAAUUGUCUGGUCCACGCCAACGGACAUGUCAGCAAAACAAAGAAUGGUCUGGGGUUCACCCCACAUGUGAAGAGAUCAUUUGUAGUGAUCCUGGAAGCCCUGAGAAUGGCAGGAAAGUUGGCAGUUCCUACAGAUUUGGUGAGAGGGUCCAGUUCAGAUGUCAGACAGGGUACACCCUGCAUGGUUCUGCGGAACGCUGGUGCAGUGCAGGAGGCCGGUGGAACGGAACGCUCACCGCCUGUGAUGAUGCCAAAUCCUACUGCAUCAACCCUGGAGUUCCUAUAAAUGGAGUGAAGGAAGGCAGCAGCUACAACAGGUGAGAUGUAGUCAAGUUCAGAUGCAAACCUGGAUACAACAGGUGAGAU